GCUAGGGUUUGUCUUUCAUCUUCUCUUGUCGUCCUUGCUGUUCAUCUUCGUUGCUUCGCCGGAGGUGUAGAGAUUGCACGCGUCUCUUAUUUGGCUACUGUUCGACUUCGCGCUUUCGACGACUUUCCCUUUCUGUCGGAUCGGAAGUUACGACAUUUUGCUCGGAAGCAACAACGGGAACUCGCUGGCUGUGUAGGUAACUGUCUCCCUUUUGCGCGCUUCUUCGGCCAAAUCCCAUAAAUCCGCCGAACUGAGGGGUGUAGUGAAUCCGGGAUUUAAGCCGUAAAUCCUUAAAUCCGGAAUUUAUCCAUCGCCGGAAUUUAAAGCGCGCACCAAAACCGUUUUGCUGGAUUUAGCGUAAAUCCGACUUAAAUCGCGCUGUAAAUCCGAUACCAAAUAACCCCGAAUACUCGGCCAGUGCCCGCGGCUCUCUGCCUCUCCCCUCACUCCUGGCGACUGGCGAACGGCGACUCGCUUUCUUCGGCUUCUCCGCUCUGGAGUCUCAUUGCUUCGUCUUCUUCGCUUUCUUCGGCUUCUUUGUAGGAGGCGACUGCCGUCGUGAGUCGUGAGGACUCCGUUUUCUUCGGCUUCUCCGCUCGGUGGAAAGGUCAUGAUGCGCUUUGAUGUUGCUUCUCACAUGUACAUACUCAUGCCUUUGGUUAUAAUUGUUGUUGGUAUUGGCGUUAUUUCUACGUUUGUUUUCAUAACUCAACAUACUGAAGAUCUCUUGGAGAGUGAUUUUAGCGUGACUCAGAUAAUGUUAACAGACCAUCUUCAAGAGCAAGCUCUUCACCUUUUUGAAGCAAAUUUGUCAAUUCACCGUGUUGCUAGAAUUAUUGCUUCUUCUUUUGAUAAGAAUUUGUCUUCAUCUUCUGCUAUUGAGAACGAGGUUGCCUCACGUUUGUUCAUGGCUUUGAAAAUAACUCGAUUGGCAUCACAAAUUUCUUUUGUUAGGGCCAACAAAAUUAUUUUCUCUUAUUUACUUGAAAGAGGUCAAACUCGGGUUGUAUUCUUUGAUACUUCAUUGAAGUUGGACAAUUCGACAGUGCAUCAAUGGUAUAGUCAAAAGGUUGAUAAUUAUGCAGGAAAGCGAUAUGGUGCUAUACAUGUUGUUAACUCUAUUCAUUGGAAUGACUCAUUAUGGUUUUCUGAUGCAUUGAGAGGCGUGAGCAUGAGUCCAUCAUAUGGAUAUGGAUGGGGAGAUGAUCGAGAUAAAAUGCUCUUCUUUACUGCUCCAGUAGAUAGAUUUACUGUGAUUGCUCUUGGAAUUAAAUUAAAAAAAUUUAUCAAUUAUUUAUUUUCUAUCAAGUUUCAUGAUGCACAUGCUUUUGUGUUGACAAGAGAUGAUUUGUAUUUUUUAGACAGUCAUAAUAAAAACACUCUAAAGGCAAUAAAUGUGAAUCUCGGCUUGCCAAAGAAUGAAAUAAUUGGUGAAUCUUGUGAUGAUAUUAUUAAUGCACAUUUGUUUGCUCGUUCUUCAAGCGUAAAACAUUUGAUGUCAAAGAAAGAAAAAAUUAUGUUUAGAUGUGCAGCUAUCCGUCUUGCUGAAAUCAAACUGGUUAUAGUAGUUGCAUUUCCAGGGAAGAAUUUUAUGCUUUUAUUGCAAAAAAUGAAAGUUGCGGUAGUCUUAUUGUUGUCUUUUUUUAUUAUAAUUGCUAUUAUAGGCAGUUGUAUAUCUUCAAAGCUUUUUAGGAGAUUACAAAGACAAAAGACAUACACACUUGCUAAUCUUAUUAAACAAAAGGAGGCCACUCAACAAGCUGAGAGAAAAAGUAUGAACAAAAGUAUAGCAUUUGCAAGUGCUAGUCAUGAUAUGAGGGCAUCUCUAGCGGGAAUUACUGGAUUACUUAGACUUUGCCAUGAUGAUGUUACUCCAGAUUCUGAUGUUGCUAGAAAUUUAGUUCAAAUGGAUCAAUGUGCAUCAAAACUAUUAGGGAUUUUGAAUUCUGUUCUUGAUACAAGUAAGGUCGAAGCAGGAAAGAUGCAACUUGAAGACGUGGAAUUUAAUAUGGCUCAGGCUAUUGAAGAAUCUGUUGAUCUUUUCCAUGUAGUUGCACUUGCUAAAGGGAUUGAGGUAAUAUGGGAUCCAUGUGAUUUCUCUGUUUUGAUGUCUUCAAAUGUCAGAGGUGAUUGUAGAAGAUUUAAACAAAUUUUGGAUAACCUUCUUAGCAAUGCUGUAAAGUUUACGUAUGAGGGUCAUGUUAUGGUGAGAGCUUGGGCUAAAAAGGCUUGGUCAAAAAAUUCAGAGCUCACUUCAAUCCAACAGAGCCAGUUUUUAAACAUAUCAUCUUCUUUAUCAAGAUUUUUUUCUAAUAUUGGAGGUGUUUAUUCGACUAAGAGACCUCAUAACUCAAUUAAUUAUCGCGGUGAAGGUGACUUGGAGUUUAUUUUUGAAGUAGAUGAUACAGGCACCGGAAUCCCAAAGGACAAAAGAUCUUCCAUUUUUGAAAAUUAUGUUCAACUGAAAGACUCAAACUUUGGCUAUGAGGGCACUGGUUUGGGACUUGGAAUAGUCCAAUCCUAUGUUCGAUUGAUGGAUGGUGAUAUUGGCAUUAAAGAAAAACAUCCUGGCGAAAGAGGAAGUUGUUUUAUAUUUAAUAUUUUCCUGAAGUCUACUGAUGAUUCCUCUAAUAAUACUGAAGAAGAUUUCAACUCUUGCAAAAUUCCAAUAUUGAAUAGGCUGCAUUCAUUUUCCUCUAAAACAAGAUUGAAGGUGCAAUCAAGUAUGCUUGCCAGGGCAAUGUCAGAAGGUGUUGUGGAUGGGAUAAAAUGCCUACUUGUAAUUAAUAGUGUUGAAAUAACAAGGAUUUUGAAAGAUUGGAUGAGAAGCCUUGGUGUCAUGGUCAGUGUAGCUCAACAACCUGAAAAAAUAUUUGCUGUUUUGAAGAAGAUGAUUCAUAAUUACAGUGUCUCUGAAAGCGAUGAUACCAGUUUACCUUCUAGUGGUGAUGAUAAUGAGUUUUCUUGUUCCAAGGAUGAGAAUAACCAAGUUUUGCCCCAUAGCAUAAAAGAUGUCUCAAAGAAAGCAAUCUUUAAAGGUUCCUAUAAGUAUUUGUUAGUUAUUAUUGAUUUGAGUUUUGAGAAUUUCUCUGAAAUGCGGAACUUCAUAUCCUGGCUUCCUAAAAGCACUCAUUUCUUUCAUCAGUAUAAAGUUAUUUGUUUGACUGAUUCAACUGCUUCUUGUUCACAAAUUCCAUAUGAUCUUAUGCUAUAUAAACCUAUUCAUGGUUCCCGUUUUUAUAAGAUUCUGGAAGUUAUGCAAGAAUUCAGACAAAAAACUGAAGAACUGAAAUCAGAGAUUGAAAAAGAGUCCAUUAAAACAAAUGAGUUAGAGAAAAGAAUUUUGUUGAAUUCUGCAUAUACUCAUCAAAAUAAUUAUAUGGUGUUUAAGGACGAGAGUGUGAAAGAACCUUUAUGUGGCAUGAAUAUUUUAUUGGUGGAAGAUACGCUUAUCUUACGUCAAAUUGCCUUGAAACUGCUUUCUCGUUCUGGUGCAAGUGUCCAAUUUGUUGACAAUGGAUUAGAAGCUUUGAAUGUGGUAAAAAAAGCUUUGAAAGAAACAAGUCUUAUUUCUGAAGGAAGAAGCUCAAGGCAUUUACCAUUUGAUUUUAUUUUGAUGGAUUGUCAGAUGCCAACUAUGGAUGGAUAUGAGGCAACAAAAUGCAUACGCGCAGAAGAAAAGAAAUAUGGUAUCCACAUCCCUAUCAUUGCUCUAAGUGCUCAUGCUACACCAGAUGAAACAAAAAAAACGCUUCUUUGUGGAAUGGAUUUUCACUUGACAAAGCCAUUGGAGAUCAACAAGUUGCUCGAAGCUAUUAAGUUGAUAUCUCAAAACUAAAUUGGAAUUUGGUAAAUUAGUCAUUGUUGAAAAUGAGCUAUAAAAACAGGAUUUAACAGUCCCUAGCCAUAAAACAAAGAAUAUUUUGAAUUAUGUUUUCCUAAUGGAGUAAAAAGAAGGUUUUGUUAGUUGAUCGUGUCAUUAUUGACAACCAGUUUAAGUUGGCAACAAGGAACUGCAUUACGUGAAUGUGCUUCCCUUAAUUGAUUUAAUAGAUGUGUGAAGAGCUGUAGUUUAAGAUGGACCAACUACUUGAGCACAUAUAUCAAGAGGGGCAUGCUUUCACUUGAAGAGGUACAAAUCAUCCUCAACUUCCACUCUAUCCUUGGCAACAAAUAACUAAUAUUUUCCACGCAUAGACUUUCUUUUAUUAUCUGUAGAUAUAUAUUAAACAUAAUUAGAACAUGAUGAUUUCUUUUUUAUUCAUUUUUUUAUGUAAAAUUGAAAUCAUUACAUGUUAGGUAUUUUGAAGUUGUUUGUGUGGUUUAAAAUCAAUAACGAUUUCUAGCUGCAUCAACUAAAUUGCAUAACCUAUUAAAUUUGUCAAUUUUUUAAGUUAGUUUUUUUUUUUAAAGAUUACCUUUUAAGGGAAAGUUAUGUGUGAUAAGAUCAAGUUUUUGAGAGCUAUUACAUGGAAGAAUGAAAAAAAUAAGAGAGGAUAAAAUCUCCAGAAUUAAGAUUGAGUAAUUAAAAUAGAGAAUAGUCAGUAUUACAUAUGUAAUCAUUUCACUCAUAUUAAUCACACUAAAGCCAUUAGCAACACUCUUACGGCUUUCAUUCUAAAACAAAAACCUGCUAUAAUUUGGAAGGACUUCAGAUCUAUAUUCUUAUGCACUUGCUUUUAACACUUUCUUCUUUCCAAAAUGCUCUCUCUUGCUUUUUUAACUUCCAAGACACAUCAUUAUGCCAAUUCGUUUUGUUCUUCAUAAAAAAAUUGAUUCUUAGUUAGAAUUGCACUUUGAUUGUCACACCAAAUUAUAAUUUUCAUUAUCUUAUUUUCGAACUCUAGCAAUUCAUUCAUCCACGUACCUUAAUUUUUUGCCUUGAUAUAUGCCAUUUAUUUGCCAACAACUGAUCGAAGACGUGCCUUAUAAUUCAUAGUGUUCCAAUAUAUGGAGAGCUCAGUUGAGCAAUAAUUUUAUGUAUGAUUCAUUUCUUUCAAAUGCUUCAUUUUGUUUCCUUUAUAGCAGCUAUCUUUAGCCUUUUGCAUGUAAGAAAUAUAUAUCAAUUCUUGGAAUUGUAACUAAUAAACUACCUUAAUUUGACUACUAACUUUUUAACUUUGUAACACAGCUUGAUUUAAUAAGAAUGGUUGGACUUGUCUCUAAGAAUUUUUAUUUGAAAAAUUUAAUAAAAGUUUUAAGUUGCAAGAAGCAUAAAUGUCAUAUGCAUUCAACAUAUGAUGAAUUUCAUGAAGAUUAAUAUUCUUUAUAGCCAUUCAUCUCAAUAUCUUUCCAACCUUCUUUUUUUAUUUAUAUGCCAUAAAAAUGUGUGGUGUUAGUUGUUGCCUCCUUGUAUAUCAUGUUCCUUUUAUACAUUAGUUCUCACAUGAAAGAAGAUAUUAAAAAUAUGUUGAUUUUAAAAUAAUCAUAACAUAUCUAUUCAUGAGAUGAAGGCUCUCUGAUGAAGAUGGAGAUUUCUUUUAGCUGUGUAAUUGAGUAAAGUCGGCCCGUGAGUUAGCUCGGGCUCUGCUCAAUUGAAGAUCCAUAAGUUGAGCAAGACCAACUAACAAGUUUAGAUUGAACCACUCAACUUGUCUGUUUGCCUAAAAAUAUUAAUGUGAAAUUUUAUCAAAAUAUGUUAGAAAUUUGAGUUGUUGAGCUGUACACGAAAUUUGAUUCUUAUUGCCUUUUUCAGUAUUUUGAUACAAUUGUGUACCUUUAUUCAGGAAAAAGUUUUAUUCUUAGACGCAAUUUCACUCUAAAUGGUGAUCCUUAUGAAGUUAUUGUUGAGGGUAUCAAUAUUUUGCAAAUGUGCUGGCAAGUGUUGAGGACUGAUCAUGUUGUUAUGUUUUGGUGAUUUUGAUUAAAUGCUACUAUAAUAGUAAUGAAUUAAGUUAAAGAAAGAUGAGAGAGAAAAAUAUUUUAUUGUAAGAAGUUUUUAUGUUUUGGUAUUAUCAUUAUGUCUGCUGAACCUCUUUUCUUACAAUCACCUGUCGUAUCUAUUAUCACGAAUAACAUUUGUUAAACACAAUCAAUGAUCAAAGAAUUGUAAACAGUAAUGCAAAAUGAACUGAAAACAUUACCAAAUUAACAAAUAUCUUUCCCUCAACACUCAUGCAUUGUCAACUUCUGCAGUUUGGAGUUUAAUGGCAUUUUGUUCUGUAACUUUCCCAUGAUAAUCUUGCAUGCCUAUACUAUCAUUUGUUCUUUUACCAUGAAUUACGUUUGUAUCAAAUAAUUCAUACUCAUUCUCACUGGUUGAUAGAACACUAUCCUUUGGUUUAGCUGCUUUGGGUUAUGUAGGAAAAAUAGAUCGCUCUGCUAUCUUAUCAACAGCAGCAUCUUCUCAUGCAUGAAUGGAAGAAUUUAAUGAAAUAAUAAUCUGCAGUUCAUUACCCAUAUCAAGCAACCUCUCUUUGCAAUUGAAUGGAUCAACUUUUGCAUCUUUUGCAACCCAUUCGCAGCAGUAAGGGAUUCAUAGUCGUUUAUCUUGUUAAGCAUUUUCAUCCUACUCUAUAGCAUUUACUUGAUUGUAUGCUCCUUUCCAUGAUUUAGAUGUUGAUUACAAUUUAUACCAAUUUUAUUUACGAAUUCAUUUGUCAAAUUUAGUUUAAAACAUUAGAUGGCUGAAAU